CUAAACUCUACAUGAUUUUUUCUACUCCCUUGGACCCCCCUGGACAGUGACAAUGGCAUGAUUGCCUUAAGGUAGCUGGGGGUGGACUUAUGAGAUCAGGCCAAACCCACCAUCUACCACCACCAGCCAUGGCUGGCUUGCUUGCAACGCAGUGGAGUCGAUCCUCCCCACGUGGUGGCUCUUCGGUGACCAGACGAGAGCAAGUCAAACUGGUUGUCUGCAGCUCAUCGCUGGAUAGCUGAGACUCUGGUUCGCCCAGACGUCAUACCCGUAGCCAGGAAAACGGCCAGACCUGAACGCGUCAAGUUGACGUCGAUUCACCUGCACUGAGUAGAUAGGAUAUAAAUCAAGCUCCCACCCUGUGUAGCAGACUUUUACCAACCACUGAACAAUUCAAUUGAAUUUUUGAUAGCUUAUUUGAUCUAACACCAAGAUGCCGACCAACUUUAAGCUCAACAACGGCGCUGAAAUCCCUGCCGUCGGAUUUGGCACCUGGCAGGACGCCGAUGAGCAGGAGCAGGCUGUAAUCGAAGCCAUCAAGGCAGGAUACCGCCACAUUGACACGGCGCGUGUUUACGGCACUGAAAAGGCCGUCGGAUCAGCAAUUAAGAAGAGCGGAGUGCCCCGCGACCAGCUCUUCAUCACGACCAAGCUCUGGAGCAACAAGCACCACCCGGACGACGUGCCUCAGGCCCUCCAGGACUCUCUCAAUGAUCUGCAGCUGGACUAUGUCGACUUGUUCUUGAUCCACUGGCCGGUGGCAUUCAAGCGAGGCGACGAGUUGUUCCCCAAGGAUGCGAAUGGAAAGCCUGCUGUUGUGGAUACCGACUAUGUCGCUACCUGGAAGGCUCUGGAGAAGCUGUUGCCUACCGGCAAGGCCAAGGCCAUCGGUGUCUCGAACUUCUCCCAGGCCGAGAUGGAACACUUGCUGAAGAACUCCUCGGUCGUGCCCGCGGCGCAUCAGCUGGAAAGCCACCCGUGGCUGCAGCAGCGGGAGUUCGUCGACUGGCACAAAUCCAAGGGCAUUCAUGUCACCCACUACUCGCCGUUUGGAAACCAGAACGAGCUCUACUCGAAGCAUGGCACCAUUGGCAAGCUGAUCGAGGACCCGGUUCUGGUGGAGAUUGGCAAGAAGUACAACAAGAGCGCGGCGCAGGUUGCUCUCGCAUGGGGUAUCACCCAGGGUCAUUCCGUGCUUCCCAAGUCCAAGACCCCCUCGCGCAUCAAGGCGAACCUUGAAGGCGACUUCAAGCUGAGCGACGAGGACAUGAAGAAGAUCGAAGGCAUCAACAAAAAGCUUCGGUUCAACGACAGCAGCGAGGACUUUGGUCGGGACUUCUUCACCGAUCUGGAGGGGAAGAACUAG